AUGUACUCAAAGCAGGCAGCACGAUUGCAGCACCCCGAGCACCGUGCUGGUGACAUCCGCCGGGCGCUGCAGCGCGCAGAGGCCUUCAUCCGGAAAGUGCAGCGCCCCGACGGCUCCUGGUACGGCUCCUGGGGCGUGUGCUUCACCUACGCGGGCUGGUUCGGCGCCGCCGCCCUGGGAGCCCUGGGCCACAGCGCCGAGGACGACCCCGCGCUGGCGCGGUCGUGCGCGUUUGUGGCGUCAAAGCAGCGGCUGGACGGCGGCUGGGGGGAGAGCUACCUGUCGUGUCAGGACAAGGUCUACAGCCAGCUGGAGGGCGCGUCACACGUGGUCAACACCGCCUGGGCCAUGAUGGCGCUCAUGGCAGCUGGCCACCACCUCAAGGACCCCCAGGCACUGCACAAGUGA